UUUUAACUAUAGUGCGCAGAUUACAUGAGGAAGUUGGAAGAUAUACUUGGCAUCUCCUUUAUAGUGCCAAGAGUGAGGGUGACGAGUCGGGUAUUCUUUAAACAAAGUUAAACGGAAUUUGAACCGGUUUAUGUUAAAGACAAUAUAAACUUGUAACUUAUGCCAAAUUCAGCAGCAAAUGUUGAUUGGCCAAAAAAUCAAUUAUUCGUUUUUAUUGAAUAAAAUUCACUGUGUAUUUAAAUUAUAACUUUAAUCAAUUUUAAACAUCUGAUUCUCAACAGUUUGCAAAAAACGGUGUUUUGAAAAGGAAAUACAGUAACAGUAUUGUUCGAUAAUUUUUUGUGCGACAGAGUACGACCGUGAAUUAAGCUGUCAUCUUUUUAUGUUAUUUAAAAAAAGUUAUUUGACAGCUACCCCGAUAGUGCUAUAGAUGUUUUCCUUUCAAUUUCAACGAUGCUGUUACGGAUUAUAAUCGCAUCUCUCAGUUUAAGUUUAACCAUUGCUGGUACGUGCUAUUAUUAUUCAACAUGUGGAACAAAAUGCUACCGAACACAAAAAUAUUAUAGCAGCUGUUUUAUAUGGCAAUGUUCGAGAUAUAGGUAUGUGUCGUUUUAUUGCUAUGAGCAGUGUAGAAAAAGUAAGUGCUGUAGUGGAUGGCAGGGGUACAGCUGCACGACCGACAUAAAUGAAUGCAACUCAUAUAACGGUGGCUGCCAGCAUCACUGUAGCAAUACCAGGGGGUCAUAUUACUGCUACUGCAAGUCAGGAUAUUCCUUGAUGUAUGACAAAAGGAAAUGUACAGAUAUAAAUGAGUGUGGUACAGACAGGGGAGGUUGUCAGCAUUAUUGUAGAAACACAGUUGGUUCGUUUAUUUGCUCCUGUAGAUCCGGAUAUACUUUAGCAAGUGAUAACAAGAAAUGUGUUGAUACAAAUGAAUGUGACACAAAUAAUGGUGGCUGUCAACACACAUGUCGCAACACAUAUAGAUCAUUCAACUGCUACUGUAGGUCAGGAUAUUCUCUAAUGUCAGAUGGGAAAAAGUGCAUGGAUAUAGACGAAUGUCGUGGUAACAGAGGCGGUUGUCAGCAUAAUUGUAAUAACACAGCUGGCUCGUACUUUUGCUCCUGCAGAUCUGGUUAUUUGCUGACAUCUGACAAAAGAACCUGCACAGACAUUGAUGAGUGCCAAACAGAUGAAGAUGUUUGUCAGCAUAAAUGUAGCAACACAGUUGGUUCGUUCAUUUGCUCCUGUAGAUCGGGUUAUUUACUUGCAAGUGACAAAAGAAAAUGCAAUGAUAUAAAUGAAUGUGACACAAACAAUGGUGACUGUCAACACACAUGUCGCAACACAUAUGGAUCAUUUAACUGCUACUGUAGGCCAGGAUAUUCUCUAAUGUCAGAUGGGAAAAAGUGCAUGGAUAUAGACGAAUGUCGUGGCAACCGAGGCGGUUGUCAGCAUAAUUGUAAUAACACAGCUGGCUCGUACUUUUGCUCCUGCAGAUCUGGUUAUUUGCUGACAUCUGACAAAAGAACCUGCACAGACAUUGAUGAGUGCCAAACAGAAGAAGAUGUUUGUCAGCAUAAUUGUAGCAACACAGUUGGUUCGUUCAUUUGCUCCUGUAGAUCGGGUUAUUUACUUGUAAGUGACAAGAGUAAAUGCAAUGAUAUAAAUGAAUGUGACACAAACAAUGGUGACUGUCAACACACAUGUCGCAACACAUAUGGAUCAUUUAACUGCUACUGUAGGUCAGGAUAUUCUCUAAUGUCUGAUAGGAAAAAGUGCAUGGAUAUAGACGAAUGUCGUGGCAACCGAGGCGGUUGUCAGCAUAAUUGUAAUAACACAGCUGGCUCGUACUUUUGCUCCUGCAGAUCUGGUUAUUUGCUGACAUCUGACAAAAGAACCUGCACAGACAUUGAUGAGUGCCAAACAGAUGAAGAUGUUUGUCAGCAUAAUUGUAGCAACACAGUUGGUUCGUUCAUUUGCUCCUGUAGAUCGGGUUAUUUACUUGCAAGUGACAAGAGUAAAUGCAAUGAUAUUGAUGAAUGCAAAUUAGGAAGUUCUGGCUGUGAUCAUGAGUGUCAUAACACACCUGGCACCUAUCACUGUGAGUGUAAGGAUGGAUUUCAUUUGGACACCGACAAUCAAACUUGUAAUGAUAUAGAUGAAUGUUCCAUUGAUAAUGGUGGAUGCAGCCAUAAUUGUAACAAUGGGAAUGGAACAUUUGAGUGCAGCUGUAAAGACGGAUAUGCUCUUGGUAAAGAUUUGACUUCUUGCAAUGACAUAGAUGAAUGUUCCGAUGCUAAUGGCGGAUGUGAUCAGAUAUGCGACAAUCUUAACGGUUCCUUUGCUUGUGGCUGCUUUGGUGGUUAUGGUUUACUGAAUGACAGUGUUUCAUGUGUGGACAUAGAUGAGUGUGAGAUUGAGAACGGUGAAUGUGACCAUACAUGUUCCAAUAAUGACGGUUCGUUUAACUGUUUAUGCGACAAUGGGUACUCUAUUCAGGGUGAUAAUUCAACGUGCGUGGACAUCGAUGAGUGUAAUUUAGGCAACCAUUCGUGUAAACAAUUAUGCAGAAACGAACCAGGAGGUUAUUCUUGCUAUUGUUUUGAUGGAUUUUCUCUCAACAACGACAAUAAAUCAUGUGAUGAUAUAAAUGAGUGUAAAAGUGCAAAUGGUGGAUGUGAACAGAUAUGUUUGAACACCAACGGCUCUUACAUUUGCUACUGUCAGUCAGGAUAUUCCUUGAUGACUGACGGGAAAAGAUGCAUUGAUGUAGAUGAAUGCCUUGCAAGCAAGAGUGGCUGUCAACAUAAUUGUAGGAACACUAUUGGUUCGUUCAUUUGCUCCUGUAGAUCGGGAUAUUUGCUGGCAAGUGACGGAACGAAAUGCAAUGAUGUCGACGAAUGCAAAGCUGCGAAUGAUGGAUGUGAACAUACUUGUCAAAAUACGCUAGGUUCUUACGAAUGCAAAUGUAACCAAGGUUACACUUUGUUGUCAAAUAAAAAAGGAUGCAAUGAUAUUGACGAAUGUAAAUCAGGCAGUUCUGGUUGUGAUCAUAAAUGUCUUAACACACCUGGUACCUAUCACUGUGAGUGCAAUGAUGGUUUUUAUUUGGACAAAAACAAUAGAACUUGUAUUGAUGUAAAUGAAUGUUCCUCUGAUAAUGGUGGGUGCAGCCAUUAUUGUAACAAUGGGAAUGGGACAUAUGAGUGUAGCUGUAAAGACGGAUUUACUCUUGGUGGAGAUUUGACUUCUUGCAAUGACAUAAAUGAAUGCACCGAUGCUAAUGGCGGAUGUAAUCAGAUAUGUAACAAUCAAAACGGUUCCUUUGCUUGUGACUGCUUUGAAGGUUACGCGUUACUGAAUAAUAGUGUUUCAUGUGUGGACAUAGAUGAGUGCGAAUCUGUGAACGGCGGAUGUGACCAUAAAUGUGUAAAUGUUGACGGUUCGUUUAACUGUUUAUGUGACAAUGGAUACUUUUUACGGGGAGAUAAUUCAACGUGCGUGGACAUCGACGAGUGUAAAAUAAGCAACAAUACGUGUGAACAGUUAUGCAGAAACGUACCAGGAGGAUAUUCUUGCUCUUGCUUCGAUGGCUUCUUCCUCAACAACGACAAUAUAUCAUGUUAUGAUAUUGAUGAAUGUAAAAGCGCAAAUGGUGGAUGCGAACAGAUAUGUUUGAACACAAAUGGAUCAUUUAAUUGCUUCUGUCGGUUAGGAUAUUCUUUGAUGAAUGAUGGGAGACAAUGCACUGAUAUUGACGAAUGCAAAUCGGGCAUAUCUGGAUGUGAUCAUGAAUGUCAUAACACACCUGGCGCUUAUUACUGUGAGUGUAACGAUGGCUAUUAUUUAGACUUCGACAAUAAAACAUGUAAUGAUAUAAAUGAGUGUUUAUCUGAUAACGGUGGAUGUAGUCAUAAUUGUAACAACGGGAAUGGAACAUUUGCGUGCAACUGUAAAAACGGAUAUGCUCUUGGUUGGGAUUUGACUUCUUGCAAUGACAUAGAUGAAUGUACCGAAGCAAAUGGCGGAUGUAAUCAAAUAUGUAACAAUCAAAAUGGUUCCUUUGCCUGUGGCUGCUUUGAGGGUUAUUCUUUAAUGAAUGACAGCGUUUCUUGUUUUGACAUAGACGAGUGUGAAAUUGAUAAUGGUGGAUGUGAACAUACAUGCAAGAAUUAUCACGGUUCGUUCUAUUGUAUGUGCAAAAAUGGGUACUUCCUGCAAGAAGAUAAUUCAACGUGCGUGGACAUCGAUGAAUGUAAUUUAGGCAACCAUUCGUGUAAACAGUUAUGCAGAAACAAACCAGGAGGUUAUUCUUGCAGCUGUUUUCAUGGAUUUUCCCUCAACCACGACAAUAUAUCAUGUGAUGAUAUUAAUGAGUGUAAAAGUGCAAAUGGUGGAUGUGAACAGCUAUGUUUGAACACCAACGGCUCUUACAUUUGCUACUGUCAGUCAGGAUAUUCCUUAAUGAUUGACGGGAAAAGAUGCAUAGAUAUUGAUGAAUGUAAAUCAGGCAUUUCUGGAUGUGAUCAUGAGUGUCAUAACAAACCUGGCUCUUACCAAUGUAAGUGUAUGGAUGGAUUUUAUUUGGAUACCGACAAUACAACUUGUAAUGAUAUAAAUGAGUGUUCUUUUGAAAAUGGUGGAUGCAGCCAUAUUUGUAUCAACGGGAAUGGGACAUAUGAGUGCAGCUGUAAAGACGGAUAUGCUCUUGGUGGAGAUUUGACUUCUUGCAAUGACAUAGAUGAAUGUUCCGAUGCUAAUGAUGGAUGUAAUCAGAUAUGUAAGAAUCAAAACGGUUCCUUUGCGUGUGACUGCUUUAAGGGUUAUGAGUUACUGAAUGAUAGCUUUUCAUGUGUGGACAUAGAUGAAUGUGAAAUUGAGAACGGUGGAUGUGACCAUACAUGUUCCAAUAAUGACGGUUCGUUUAAUUGUUUAUGCAACAAUGGGUACUCUAUUCAGGGGGAUAAUUCAACGUGCGUGGACAUCGAUGAAUGUAAGGUAGGAAACCAUUUGUGUGAACAGUUGUGCAGAAACAAACCAGGAGAAUAUUCAUGCUAUUGUUUUGAUGGAUUUUCCCUUAGCAACGACAAUAGAUCAUGUGAUGAUAUUAAUGAAUGUUACAUUGCAAAUGGCGGAUGUGAACAGAUAUGUUUGAACAUCAACGGCUCUUUUAUUUGUGACUGUCAAACAGGAUAUUCCUUGAUGACAGACGGGAAAAGAUGCAUUGAUAUUGAUGAAUGUAAAUCAGGCAUUUCUGGAUGUGAUCGUGAGUGUCAUAACACACCUGGCACUUACCACUGUAAGUGUAUGGAUGGAUUUUAUUUGGAUACCGACAAUACAACUUGUAAUGAUAUAAAUGAGUGCUCUUUUGAUAAUGGUGGAUGCAGCCAUUAUUGUAACAACGGGAAUGGGACAUAUGAGUGCAGCUGUAAAGACGGAUAUACUCUUGGUGGAGAUUUGACAUCUUGCAAUGACAUAGAUGAAUGUAAUGAAGCUAAUGGCGGAUGUGAUCAGAUAUGUAAGAAUCUAAACGGUUCCUUUGCUUGUGCCUGCUUUAAGGGUUAUUCGUUACUGAAUGAUAGUGUUUCAUGUGUGGACAUAGAUGAAUGUGAAAUUGAGAACGGUGGAUGUGACCAUACAUGUUCCAAUAAUGACGGUUCGUUUAACUGUUUAUGCGACAAUGGGUACUCUAUUCAGGGUGAUAAUUCAACAUGCGUGGACAUCGACGAGUGUAAUUUAGGCAAUCAUUCGUGUGAACAGUUAUGCAGAAACGUACCAGGGGGAUAUUCUUGCUCUUGUUUCGAUGGCUUCUUCCUCAACAACAACAAUAUGUCAUGUAAUGAUAUUGAUGAAUGUAAAAGCGCAAAUGGUGGAUGCGAGCAGAUAUGUUUGAACACCAACGGAUCAUGUAGUUGCCACUGUCGAUUAGGAUAUUUAUCAACGGAUGAUGGAAGAAACUGCCUAGAUGUUGACGAAUGUAGAUCAGGUAUUUCUGGAUGUGAUCAUGAGUGUCAUAACACACCUGGCGCUUACCUUUGUGAGUGUAAGGAUGGAUUUUAUUUGGACACCGACAAUAAAACUUGUAAUGAUAUAAAUGGGUGUCUGUCUGAUAAUGGUGGAUGCAGCCAUAAUUGCCACAACGUGAAUGGAUCAUAUGAGUGUAGAUGUAAAGUCGGAUAUUUUCUUGAUCGGGAUUUGACUUCUUGCAAUGACAUAGAUGAAUGUUCCGAUGCUAAUGGCGGAUGUGAUCAGAUAUGCAACAAUCAAGAAGGUUCCUUCGCUUGUGACUGCUUUGAGGGUUAUGGGUUAUCAAAUGACAAUGUUUCAUGUAUGGACAUAGAUGAGUGUGUCACCAUGAAAGUUGGAUGUGACCAUACAUGUACUAAUAAUGACGGUUCGUUUAAUUGUAUGUGCGAAAACGGGUACUCUAUACUGGAAGACAAUAUAACAUGUGUGGACAUUGAUGAAUGUAAAAUUGGCAACCAUUCGUGUGAACAAUUAUGCAGAAACGAAGAAGGGGGAUAUUCUUGCUACUGUUCCGACGGAUAUUCUCUCAACAAAGACGAUAUUACAUGUGAUGAUAUAGAUGAGUGUGAAGCUGAAAAUGAUGAAUGCGAGCAGAUAUGUGUGAAUAAUCACGGCUCAUUUACUUGCGCGUGUUCCGCCGGAUAUUUUUUCAACUCAAUAACUAAUACGUGUGCUGACAUAAAUGAAUGUGAAGUUGACAAUGGACUUUGCGGUCACAAUUGUACUAAUUUACAAGGUUCUUAUUUAUGUACUUGUUUAAAGGGUUUUGAAAUUCAGGAAAAUAAUCAAGCAUGCAAUGACGUUAAUGAGUGUAACUAUAACGGCCACUGUGAACAGGCCUGUUUCAAUUCUGUUGGGUCAUAUGUCUGUGGAUGUAAACCGGGAUUUUCACUUAACCUUGUGGAUAAUUCCACUUGCAGGGAUAUCGAUGAAUGUGCUAUCAACAAUGGCAAUUGUAGCCAGACAUGCGUUAAUAACUUCGGGUCAUUUGAAUGUUCAUGUUACGCUGGUUAUGUACUUCAAAAAGAUGGUACAACAUGCUUUGAUUUCGAUGAAUGUUCAAAAGACAAUGGGGAAUGUCAAUCGAUAUGCUCUAACACAGAGGGUUCAUUUAAAUGCGGGUGUGACGAGGGGAAAGUACUCAAUGAAGACGGAGUCAGCUGUUAUAAAACAGAAGAACCUUUUAUGAAUUUAACACUCAGAUUAAUUGUUAAUGAAUCAACAAAUUUAGAAGUGGAACAGUUGCUUGACACAUUCUACACGAAAUUAAUCGAGACACCUUUCACUCUGGCACUACAGGAGAUAAGAUCGUCAGGGAAAGAAAAUGACAAAGUUGAGAUUGCUGUAAGUUAUACAGUUCGUUUAACAGAAGUGCUUUAAGCAUUUCGGAGAGAGAAAUAUUGUUACAAAGGACAGUCAGUCUUGUUGAAUGGAGUGAAAUGCAGUUUAACGGAGAAAAUAUUCUAGCGAAACUAGAUUUGCCAGAGGAUGGAAACGGACUUUGUGAAUUGCAUAAGUUAAUAAAUGGCGACUGCGAACCCGGAUAUUAUUGUCAAGUAAAUGGAAACACGCCUCGCUGUCGAGAAAUACAGCACUUCGAAAACUCCAAACUAAGUGGACUGAUGAUUUACAUUGGCCCAGUUCUUGCAGCCAUUGUAAAUAUUGUGUUAGCAGUUACAAUUUGGAUUUGCAUACGCAAGAAAAGAAAGAAAAUUGAUAUUCCAAGUACCAAUGACAAUCAGCAAAGAUCUUCUACAAUACUGAACGAGCUAGCAGACGAACCACAAAAAUUGGACGCUAGAGGGGAGUCUACGGAAGAAAUCUCUUCAAGUGAGCUAGAACAGAGCACACUAAAUGAAAGUGAAAAUGCAUUGUAAAAAUGCUCAUUAAUGCAUGUACAUUUCAUGUAAACGCUUUAUCUAAGAAACCUUUCUGUUUUAUCUAAUAAAUUAUAAACUGUUUAUGAAUUUGAUUGUUGUAGAAAAUUUUGAUUUAAUUAUAAAUGUUGUAAUCAGUAUUUGUAAAAAAAUAUAAAAUAUAUCUAUAUAUAGGAAAAAAGUUUUACAAAAUUGGGAAAAACAGAAUCCUAGAACGCCAAAAAAUGGCAAAAUUGAAAAUGUUGCAGGUCGAUUGUUUGAUUAAGGCUGUUAAUAGAGAUUGGUAAAAUAGAUAAUUACAAUCAAUUGUUUUUUUUUUAACUAAAUUUGCUGUUCAAGUAAAGGUCAUGCAAUUAUCCGUUGUCACAAUUGAUAUCAAAUGGUACAAUUUUAGUAUAAAACUAUCUAAUAUACUUAUGAAUAAAUAUGAAUCAGAAUUUUCUAAACAGUUUUCUUUUACUUUAUAAAAUUUUUGCUUUAAACUAUUUUACUCAUAUUGCACGUAUCCGUUUUUAUGUAAAUUUUGAUUGUUACACAGUGAAAUGUUAAAUGUUUGCCUUCACGAUUUAUAUUCCUUAGUAUAGAUAUUGUUGUUUUUCUGUUUGAAUUAUUUGACAUGAAUUAAUUAAUAAAACAUUUUUAGUGUUGAUAUUAAUACAAACAUUGAUAAGUCAUAUUCAGUUCAAUACGAGUAAUAUCAACUAAUCAAAACUUAUUAAAGAUUUUUGUGCACUGCUUUUAUGAUCCAGUUCUUAAAAUGUAUUUAGACGAAAGAACAAGAUCAGUGUUAGAUCAGAAAGUCCUUAUUAACAACAAUGUUUACCAUAUAUAGUAAUAUAUUUGAUAACUUGAGUAUAAAAAUGUUGUUUACUACACUUGGAUCUUAAGACUUUAUUUCUUAUAUUAACGUACUUUAAAUGACUGACCUUAUAAAUAAAUAAUGUCAGAAUGUUUUGUUUUUACUGUAUUAUAUCUCAAAAGGAUAUCCUUUUGCCUGACAUCGCUCAAAUUGUGUGGGCUUUGUAUUAAAAUAAUGCUCUGGGAUACAUAAUCUAGUAAUUUGGAAUUUCAAUUAAAAAAUGCUUGUUUAAAAUGCUUGCUUUCUUUAUAUUAUUUUUAGUAUAAUGUUUUAUCACCUGCAAUGUCAAUAAAUUUUGCUGAACAAA